GCUCAGCCCCGGGGCGGAGCUGGGGCGGCGCAGAGGAGGCGGCACGGCCGCAGCAGAGCCGGGGCUCAGGGGCACAGCGAGGCUCGGCCGGCGGAGCGGCGGCAUGCGGCGGGCUCGGGCCGCGGGGCUGGCGGCGCUGCUUGUGCUGCUCCUCGUGGCUGUGGCCAGAGCCCAGGUACAGCAGGAGCCCUCACUGGAGACCAUCGAGGGCACCGGCAUUAACAUCACCUGCUCACAUGACAAAAUCCAGAGCAGCGAAUUGAUCUACUGGUACCGACAACUCCCUGGCCGAGGACCUGAACUCCUCAUGAGCAUUCACAAAGACUCGAAAAAGCUGCCGGAUGGUGCAGGACUGCUGUUGGUGUCGGCAGAUCGGCGUUCGAGCUCGCUGUGGCUCGCUGAGCCCCGGCGCGGGGACGCGGCCGUGUAUUACUGCGCGCUGGGGGGCCACGGGCAGCGGAGCCGGGGCUGCGGCCGGGCAGGAACCGCCGCGGUUGGGGCCAGCAGGGGGCGCCGCCGCUCCGCCCGCCGGGGCCGCCGAGCCCCGCUCGUCCCGGGCUGCCGGGCCGGGGCCGCCACCAGAAACGACACCGGCAAUGGAUAUCGGAACCGAUACCGCCACGGGACCGGGACCGGGACGGGCAAUGGGAUCCACACCAUUACCGGCAACGGCAGCUCCAGCUUGGAGUCUACCACCUCCCUGAGCCCCUCCUGGCAGCACUGACUUAAUGAGCUUUUGCCCCAGCUGACUGGUUUCCCUAGUACCAAUUCAAUCCCAAAGUCUUCUGUGCCUCUAAGUGGCUUAGCAAAUCUUUAACUUCUUCCGUCUGGUUUACAGGCCUUCCAUGCUGGUUGCCUUCCCUGUCUCCCACAUCAGGAGGCCAGUUGUCAUAAUAAUAGUCAAUUCUACUCUUAAGAUUGAGGCAAAGGAUGUGCUAAGCACCUCAGCUGUUCCCUUGUCUUUGGUGAAU